GUUCAUUAUAAACACGUGGGUGAAUGUUGUUUUACAGGCAAAGCAAACAAGUUAUGUUUUGAAGAAAAUGUUCCAUCUCUCAAAAUCGUUGGCGGUGCUUAGUAGUAGAGUUGCACCAUUUCUCUGCGCUGUUACACCACACAUGAGGUCACAAUCUCAAUCAUUCCUGAAGGUCAACCUACCUGCAGUCACACUUGCCUGUGGAAAUGCAUCGAAAAAGAGUUAUUGUACAGAUGCAGAUCAACCAGAUGGAGUUGAUGACAAAGGUCGUGGACUGGAGUUACACGAGGCAACGGAGUUACUUGAAGAUAUGAGGCUUUCAGGUAAACCGGUCCCAGAUCGGAUCAGUGACUCAGAUUUAGAACACUUUGCCUCAAUUACAUCCAAGAAGCAAAGGAAACGAUUUGUCGCGUUCAUGUUUCGUCGAGAAACUAUGAGGCUUAAAGAUAAACAGAAGCGACUUGAAAAGCGGGAACUAAGAGAGAAGGAGUCAAGAACAGAAAAUUUAGAGGAUGGACCAAUGAAAAACAGAAUCUUUUUGAAAGUUUUACCGAAGAGUAUUUUGGAGUUUGAUAACUGGAAACUUUCGCAAGGAAUGAAAUUUGGGCAAAACCUUGUUUUUGAUUUUAGUUAUGAUCAGUAUAUGCGGCGGCAGGACGCAGUAAGUAUGUGUUUGCAAAUACACCAUGUAAUACAUGCGAACAAAUUAGCUAGGGAGUCAUUCCACCUUCAUUUUGUGAAUCACUAUGAGGGCAGUCUAUCACACAAGGAGAUGGUACGUAUAACGCAGGAAGACAUUUACAAUAAGAUGAUGGCGACGGUGACUGCUGAUUCUCUAUUGGACAGGUUCCCUAAAGAGGAUAUCAUAUAUCUAUCUCCAGAUUCGCCAAACAUAAUGCAGUCUUUUGAUCCAGCUAAGACUUAUGUUAUCGGAGCUUUAGUUGAUGGCAGAAAAAUAGAAAAAGGGGUGUCUUUAGGAAUGGCAAAGAGGUUAGGGGUCGCCCAUGUUCGUCUACCGAUUGAUCUUUACUUGCAAUGGGGAAGUGGAAGUGCGAAGAACCUCACGUUGGAUCAGGUGUUUAGAAUUGUAACAGAGUUUAAAGAGACCAAUGAUUGGACAGAAGCGAUGAAACAUGUUCCCACCAGAAAACAUGAAGGAAUUAAGACCCCCGAUAAAUUUGUAACAAGAGUUGCUAAGAAAGUUCAGCCAAGCAGUGAAGAAUUUGUUUUUAGUCGAGCCAAACAACGAAAUAAUAGUGUAGUUACUGGUAAUCAGAAUGAGGAUGAACUUAAUUUCCAAAAUGCAUUUUGUAACAAUAAACCGAGGAGUUAUAAACAGAAACCAUUUGGUCAAAAGAAGCGAGAAAGGAACUUUUGGGAGGAAUGAAAAAAGCAUUUACAAAGUUUUGUUUUGAGAUAUACUGUAUUUAUUCAAAUAAACGCCCCUCUUUGAAUAAACGCCGCUUCCAUGGCUUCCUCCCUCAAGUAAUUGCUCCCGAAAUGAGUGUAUAGAAAACUAAUGGAAGCAACAUCAUUCCCAUUACAUUCUAUUAAUGUUCUAAUCCAGUAGAAUUACAUUUUUUCUAACCUGGUUAGGAUCAAUAAGUCUUUAUGAUCACGUAAUGACACAUUUUGACAGUAAUUAUGCGUUGUAGUUUCUAAGUUUACAGUGAAAUUAAGGAGUGUUUAUAUGAAUAUAAAUGUAUCCCUGUAUACACCAAAAGAAGUAAACGCUUGCCUCAAAUAAAUGCCUUCACCGAAUAAACGGUCCAUUAAAACCCUUAUUAACAAUAAACACCCAGGGAAUUUAUUCAGAUAAAUACAGUAUAUGAAAAUCUAGAUGGUAGUGCUUCUUCCCAACUCCAGGGAUUUACAAAUUGAUGACAGAUUUUUAUCACCAGUACCUAUCAGUAUUCCAACCAUUUGUUUGACAUACUGUAGUUGUAUAUUUUAAUGCUUAGAUGCCACUGUGUUUUAUGCCUUGUUCGUGAACCUACCGUCUGCCAGAUAAAAAUUACUUUGAAUAAAUGUAUAAUGUUUUAGCACAUAUUAAAUAUAUAUUUAACAAGGUCACUGCCAUUAUAUGAUCUCACAAUAAGAAACCUAUGUCUUCACACAGAUGGUUUUGGCAAAAAUUUAAUUCUAAUUUUUCCAUCCUCUGAUGAUUUUUCAUGUAGUUGGCUAACAAGAUAUAAAAACAUUCUUACCUUAUCAGAAAGGUUAAAAUUGGAGAAUAUCUACUUACAUUUAAAAGGACAUAAAAUCGUAUGUAUACCGGUAAAUGAAAUAUGCAUGUAUUAAUUCAAUGCAUGUUUAUGCCAUGGUGGGUAUUCAAAAUGUUUGCAAUGAUAGAAUAAAGCUUACACCCAAGCAUAGGAACUACAUCAUUGUCGGUGGCGUAUUACUCUGUUUUUUAUUUUUAGCACACAGAGAGCUUGCCUACUUGUGCUAUAUUAGAAUGAACUAUUAUUAUUAUUAUUCUCAAAAAAUCUUGACCUUUUAGUUUACCAUGUUACUGUUGUUGAGCAACACAACAAUUCUGUUUUUGCCUAAUAAUAAUAUUGUUAUUAAAAAUAUGUGAAACAAAUAUUAAUAAAUUAAUAAAUUCUGAAUUUGCGAUGAGCUAGUUUGAUUUUUGUACGCUUGCAGGAGUGCACGAGUCUCCACGGCUCACAGGAAGACAUGUUACCUCGGUUCUUGUUAAUAUACCGUACUUAUAAGGUCCGUAGUUGUUUACUACUGAAGUUUUUAUGCCAUCCAUAUGUUGGGUGAAUAAGGAUGUAGGGCUAAAAACAAAUGUAAAAAUAAAGUCCAACUGUCCAAUA